GUUGUUAUAUCUGAGAAGUUCAGCAGUAGUUAGUCUCAGCUUCGGUUCGGGAUGGACAUGGAUCGGCAGGGAUGGUCAGUGUGGAUCUUACUGUUGGGAUUGUCGGUGUCUGUCAAUGGAAUAACACGGCCGGAUUUAUUGUCGUUUGGAAUCGAAGCGGGAGAUCAGCAGCUCAGUGACGCCAAUGAUGACACGCGACAGAUUUCACUCGAUAAACCCGUCACAUUUUACAAUAAACAAUUCGACAAGAUUUAUAUCAACACUAAUGGGUUCGUUGCUCUGAAGACGCCGACAGGUGAAUCUGAGUAUCUGGGCAACAUGCCGCCCAGAUUUGGAAUGAUUGCAGCUUUGCAGGGCGAUCUGGACACCAGCGAUGGUGUUGGUAAGGUGUUUUUCCGACAGGACACCGGUUCCGCUCUUCUGCGUGAUGUGGCUGAUCACAUAAACAGAGCUUUUCCUGAGCAUGAUGAGAUAAACCCCAGUCACGCUCUGGUGAUCACAUGGGUGGAUGUGUCCGCUCACCAAACUGAGACCAGAGGAGACGGUCUGGAGCAUGCAGAAAAACGAAAUACAUUUCAACUGGUCAUUGCUUCAGUUGAGAAGAUGUCCUGUGCGAUAUUACUCUAUCCAAGAGAUGGGAUGCAAUUCCAGAGCACCGGUUCUACAGGGAAUAGUUACACAAUGCACGCUGGCUUCAGUAAAGGAGAGGAGCCAUAUCUCAUAUUUUCUACGAAACAAGGACCAUACUAUCGUAUCACAGAUGACACAGAAGCAUCUGUCAGAAAAUUAGCUGAGCAAACUAACUCUGGAAAGCACGGCGUGUGGGUAUAUAAAAUCGGAGCAAUCCCAGACUUCACAGACAUUGUAGCUGGAGAGGUGCCAGAUCAACCUGUAGAUUCUCACCAUUACGGCGGCACAACAAGACACAACCACCAAUAUCAAGUGUAUCCUGAUGAGCAACAUGGUGUUUACCUUCGGCCAGAACACCCACCACCCGUUCAGGUGGAGACCAUUCAGUUCACUCCUGAAGACCCACAGGUUGUGGAGAUUGAAAACGAUGAUGGCAUCCAUGUUGAUGUAUUUACGUACAACCUCGGGGAAUGCGGAAGGCAGAAAUGCUCCAAAUUUGGCGAAUGUAGGAAUUAUCCAAGUGGACGAUGUUGCCAGUGUAAGCCCGGUUUCUACGGCAAUGGUGUUCAGUGUGUAUCUGAAGGUGUUCCUCAAAGGAUGAAUGGAAAAGUGAGCGGCAGAAUAUUCGUGGGAGACUCGCCCGUACCUGUUGAAUUUGCUAACAAUGAUCUUCAUUCGUACGUGGUGGUGAAUGAUGGGAGAGCGUACGUGGCCAUCAGCGCCAUUCCUUCCAGUGUCGGCUUCUCACUGCAGCCUGUGUCAUCUGUGGGUGGAGUCAUCGGAUGGGCUUUUGCUCUUCAACAGCCUGGAUUCAAGAACGGCUUCAACAUUGUUGGUGGAAUUUUCAAACGUCAGGUUGAUGUGACCUUCCAGCCGGGUGGCGAGAGGUUUACCAUCUCUCAAGAGUUCAAAGGCAUCGAUAUCCAUGAUCACCUGAUGGUUGACACCAAACUAGAAGGAAAGAUUCCCGAGGUGCCGCAGGGAGCCCAAGUACAACUGGACCCCUACACCGAGAUCUAUCAAUACAGCAGUAACUUAAUCACCUCAUCUUCCACCCGGGAGUAUGUGGUCAGUCUACAGGAACGGCCUAUUCAGACCAAAAGCUAUCAGUUUAGAGAGACCAUCACGUUUCAGGGCUGCCAGCACCAUGAAUCGAGUCAAGACGUCCCGUCUACUCAGAUGCUGAGCGUCGAUCAGGUGUUCGUCAUGUAUGAUGUGAAAGAUGAGCUCUUGCGUUACGCCAUGAGUAACAAGAUCGGAGAUAUCAAUGGUGGACAGACUGAAGAGAACCCCUGUUUUACUGGUAGACAUGGAUGUGACACUAAUGCCAUCUGUAGACCUGGACAAGGAGCUGAGUUUGUAUGCGAGUGUGCUACAGGCUUUAACGGAGACGGACGCGCUUGCUACGAUGUCGAUGAAUGCAGGGAAUCUCCGCAGAUCUGUGGACCACAUGCAAUCUGUAACAACCAGCCUGGGACUUUCCGUUGUGAAUGUCAAGAUGGCUUUCAGUUUGCUAGUGACGGACGGACGUGUGUCGAGGUGUCACGACCCGUGGAUCCGUGUCAAAUCGGUACUCAUGACUGUGACGUCCCUGAACGAGCUCGCUGCAGUUACACCGGUGGAUCAACAUAUAUUUGUUCCUGUCUACAGGGCUUCGUGGGAGAUGGACGCACCUGUCAGGACAUAGAUGAAUGCCAGUCAAGUCAGUGUCACGAGGAUGCCAUCUGCUACAACACACCUGGAUCAUUCACCUGUCAAUGUAAACCUGGUUUCUAUGGCGACGGUUACCAUUGCUCAACAGAUGGUGAGAAGACACAAUGUGAGAUUGAUCGAGAAAGGGCUCAGGGUGCUACUGAGUAUGGUCCUCGGGGUCCUCGUCCUGUACCUGGUCAGUUUAUACCCACCUGUGAUGCCCAGGGUGACUAUGAUCCCAUGCAGUGUCAUGAGAGCAUCGGUCAGUGCUGGUGCGUGGACCGUAAUGGACGUGAGAUUUCAGGCACGCGCACAGGACCUGGAACUUUUCCUGAAUGCCCCGAUCACACACCCGACCCGAUCAGACCGACACCCAGACCCGAUGUCAAUCCUCUUCCUCCUGGCAGUCACAUCCUGUUCACUCAAAGUGGAAAGGUCGAAUAUAUUCCUCUGGACGGCCAUGACCUAAAGAAGACCGAAGCAAAGACUGCUCUACACCUGCCGGAGAAAGUGUUGAUCGGCAUUGCAUACGAUUGUUUGGAGAAGAUGGUGUACUGGACGGACAUCAGCACACCUGCUAUUAGCAAAGCUAGUUUACAAGGAGGAGAGCCAAUACAUCUCAUCAAAUCAGAUCUUGGCAGUCCUGAAGGUAUUGCUAUUGAUCAUCUGGGCAGGAAUAUGUUCUGGACGGACUCCAUGAAGGAUCGAAUUGAAGUUUCGUUACUUGACGGAACCCAGCGUCGAAUCUUGAUUGACACAGACCUUGUUAAUCCCAGAGCCAUUCUCACUGAUCCCGUCAAUGGCUACAUCUACUGGGCCGACUGGAACCGAGAUUCUCCCAAAAUUGAGAUGGCUUACAUGGAUGGCACAAAUCGAAGGGUGUUGGUCAAAGAUAACUUGGGCCUGCCUAACGGUUUAACUUACGACCCUCAGUCCUCACAGCUAUGUUGGGCAGAUGCCGGUACACACAAAGUGGAGUGCAUGAAUCCAAACCACGGCAACCGGAGACAGCUUAUGGAGGGAAUUCAGUAUCCGUUCGGAAUGACUACAGAUGGACGCAACCUCUUCUACACUGACUGGAAGAGGGACGGUGUUAUUGUUGUGGAUCGUUUCGCUGGCACAGAGCUUGAUGAGUUCCAGCCCCAGAAAAGAACGCGUCUCUACGGCAUCACCACGGCACACGCUCAGUGCCCUUCUGGUCAAAAUUACUGCUCGGUGAAUAAUGGAGGCUGCACUCAUUUGUGUUUGUCGACUCCUGCUGGUCGAUCCUGCAAAUGUCCGGACAAUGCUGUAGUUUGUGUGGAAAGAGAAGGCGGGUAUUAAAGAUUCAAAGUCAGAACCAAACUCGUGUGAUGUUACAUGCCAUCCAUUCAUUACAAAAGAUACUGUGAGGUUUCACCGAACCGUAUUGAAGUUUGAAACUUAAAGAUGUAAUAAAGCUGUGUUUUCACUCUGUGAUUUAAUAAUAAAAAUCUUUGCCUUAAUUGUGUUUAUGAUGCAUUGAAGAGCCAUUAAAUUCUUUUUAAAUAACA